AUGGUGUACUGUGGAAAGCCCAGCAAAGGCUGUGGCCAUUGCAGAAGCAAAAAAGUUCGUUGCGAUGGUGCGCGACCAUCUUGUAGCCAAUGCAUCAGAGCCAAGCGGAGUUGCCCCGGCUACCGGGAUCAAUUGUCCCUUAUGUUCCGUGAUGAAAGUAGAUCAGUGGCUCAGAAGGUCGAAAAAGCCGCCAAGUCAUCUAGUUUGUUGUCGAAAUCCUGGUCCCCUAGAGGAUCCCCUCGCACUGCAUACUCAGAUGGGAGCACACCGUCUGAGCUUAGCGUUUCAGCCGAUUCGCCUAUUUUUGAUUUCGACUCAGAUCCACUGCAUGUUUAUUUGAUGCAGCAAUUAUCCCAACUCCCCCUGGAAGUUCAGACACCCUUUGACCCUUCCGAUCAUGAAGCGAUUUCAUAUUUCAUGCAAUCUAAUGCCAUCCCGGGCACCAUCUGGGUCACCGAUUUCAUGACUAAGCUCGCGCUGAGCAACGAUGGUUUUGGUUCUCUAAGCCAGAGAGCCUUGAAGUCAGGGCUAACCGCCGUUGGAUCAGCCAUGCUCUGCCGUGUAAAAAAUGUCUCUGCAUUGAAUGCGGUGUCACAGAAGGCGUAUAUAUCAGCACUGUCCCUUUUGAACACCGCCUUGACCGAUAUAGAAGAGGCCAAAUCUAACCAGGUGCUGGGCGCCGUUGUGAUUCUCGCUAUAUACGAACUAGUUACCUCAAGAACCCCAAAGGAUAUUGAUCAAUGGACAAACCAUAUACUGGGAGCAACUGCUUUGCUUGACCUUCGUGGUACAGAUCAAUUAAGUACAGAAACUGGACUCCGUCUAUUCCUGCACUUGAGAUAUCAGAUUGUCAUCAGCUGCAUUCAAAGAGAUGCUCGAGUGCCGGAAUCAGUACUUGAAUGUGCUAAGGUCUCUAUGUAUCUUCGACCAGACGAAGCCCAUGCUAACAGCCUUAUCAUAAUCAUUGGCAAAAUUUCCAACCUUCGCGCAGAUAUCAAAUCCAAUAUACUCACUAGCAAUAACGAUAUACUCUCGGUUGCCUCGGCCAUUGAGAUGGACCUGAUUUCUUGGCUCAGAUUGCUUCCACCUACAUAUGACUACGAAACUCGAACCAAGUCAGCUUAUGACUUCAAGUUUCAACAGCGUUGCCACGGGAUAGCGUUGUAUGAUGACAAGUAUCACGUCUAUCCUAAUCUUUGGGUUUCCAACUCAUGGAGCCAAUAUCGUUGUGCUCGGAUCAUUCUCAGCGAGCUUAUCCUGACUCGUACUUUGGAACAAGCCAAGUCUUCCAGCUCGAAGUCACUAUCGCCAGAGCUACGCCUGUACUGCAAUAGUCUUCAUUCCACAGUUCGACGGCUGGCGGUUGAUAUUUGUCGCAGCUUACCUUUCCAUUUUAGAGCUCACGACGAUGGCUCCGAUGGCUCACAUAAUACCACACUCCCACCCCCAGAAGGCUACCUUGGGGGUCUUUUGCUUCUUUGGCCAUUAUUUUUGGCGGGCGCAGUUGAAAAGAAUGGUCAUGCUCUUCAUACUUGGGUGAUUCGGAGCCUGCUUAUCAUUGGUAACACUAUGGGCCUUGAUCAGGCUUUAGCUUUGAUGGAUAUUCUUGGCUAUGACCCGAGCUUCCCUCAGGAGGUGAGUGAAGCUGAAGAAAUGGAAUUAACUCCAUCUGUGGGUGAAGUAGAGGAAGAGGGCGUUCGAAUUAGUGGUAAUCUUAGCUCAUUCAUGUCAUUUAAAGAUUAA